AAUCAAUUCAAACGGUUCUUGUGUGUGUGUGUGUGUGUGUUUGUGUGUUGAUUCAUAAACAUCCAAUUUGGAAAAUGAUUUUGUUAAACAUUUUGAAUAAUAUAUUGAUGAUUACCAUCAUCAUCAUCAUCAUCAUCGGUGAUCAAUGAAAAUUUUUGGUCAAGUUUUUUAUUUUCAAUUCAGCCAAAGAUCAACAAACAUAACACAAGAAGUUGAGAGAAAGAAAUGGAACAACGUAAACGUAUCUAUAUAUUUUUAACAUUUUUCAUUUGUACAACAUGUUUAGCAUUGUUAACAAUAUCAUUAGCAACACAUCGUUGGAUUAUAGCAUAUCCAAUACGUUUAAUAUCAUUAAAUUCAUCAACAUUAUUUCAAUUGAAUGAUUAUUUUAUUGAUAAUAAUGUUGGUGGUGAUCAACAACAACAACAACAACAACAACAACAACAGCAAAAACAACAAUCAAUCGAUCUGGAAUUACCGAAAAAAUUUCGUGGUUUUGUCUAUUUUGGCCUAUUUCAAGGUACAAAAGUUUUAAAUUAUGGUCUUGGUGAUCGUACAACAAUUAUUUGGUUAAAACAAGAAAUGCUUCGUAAUCCAAAUCUAAUGUCAUUUACAUUAUGGUUAUUGACAAUAUUAUCCAUUUCAAUUGCAAUGAUAUUUGGUUUGGUUGCUGCCAUAUUUUCAAUUAUAAAUACAGUGAUGACGCCUAUUGAAACUAUUACAGGUGUACAAGGUUUAUAUUUAUGGAAUGCAUUGGCAAGUUUAUUCUGUACAUUUGCCGCAAUCACAUGGUUAAUACAAUAUCAAACCAGAUUAAUCAAAAAUGUUAUGACCGAUGAUGAACAACAGGAUGGUUGGACAUCAUUGAAUCGUACAUCAUUAAGUUUUAGCUAUUAUGUUAUUAUUAUUGCUAUUGGUUUACAUUUAAUCAAUAUAUUUAUCAUUUAUUAUGGUACAACAAUGAUUGAAAAUCAUUCAACAAAAAGAUCAAAUUGUAAUGGACGUCAUCGUUGUAAUGAACGACGAUCAAAUCGUAAUGAUGAACAUCCGGAAGGUUUAAUCAUGCUUUAUUGAUCAUCAUCAACAUCACGAACGAUCAGUGAAAA